AUGGCAACAAGAAUGAAGCUCCCGAGGAGGCAUCUAGAAUGCUGCAUCAUCUUCCUUCUGCUUCCAGGGGGAGCCCUUGAAUGUAGCAACCUAGCAGUGGACUCGCCCGUUGUUCUCUGGGGAGCAACAGUGACGGCUACUUGCACCAUCUGGAGGAACCGCUGCCCCUUUCUCAAGGAUGGAGAAAUCCAGAUGAUGUGGAAACUUGAUGGCCAGGUUCUCCAUGGUGUCCAGUACAGCCCUGGCAAUGGGGUGGAAUUUUCCAACAUCACCAUUGGGCCCCUCAACAGGACCAUGGUCAGUCUGGGCUGCUAUGUGUUGAAGGACGAGAAACCACACCUCUUGAACUUGAAACAGAUCCACGCUGGGUAUCCUCCAUCGCAGCCCCAAAAUUUCACUUGUAUCAUGAAUGCCACCACCAGGAACCUGAAGUGCCAGUGGGACCCUGGAGAAGACAGCCUCCUCCAAGUCCAUACUAUUCUGAAGGGCUUCAGGAGUCAAAGUGGGUGUGCUGUCCUCCUGGAUCCCAUCCCAGACUGCAUCCCAGAGGCAGACCCGAAUUCUUGCACCAUUCUUCGCCCAAACCUCCACCUCUACCAACCCAUGGCUUUCUGGGUGAUGGUGCACAAUGGCCUGGGAGUUGUACAAUCAGAGCUCCUUUGUGCAGACCCAGUGGACUUAGUCAAGCUGGACCCCCCAACCGUUCAGUCCGUCCAGUCCAUCCAGUCCAUCCCCGAGGAGACCCACUGUGUGUCUGUGGCCUGGGAUGCAGCCGAAGACAGCGCGCACAUGAAGCAGCUGUGUGACCUGCGCUACCGCAAGGAUGGUGACCAGGAAUGGAUGCUGGUGCAGAAUAUCACCAGCUCCACCAGGCAAGCCCAGCACUGUGGAUUCCUCUUCGGCAUCCCCUACCAAUUCCAGAUGCGCUGCCAGAAACUUGGGGCCAGAUACAUGAGCGAUUGGAGUCCUACGAAGACCUUCACCACCCAUGAGGACAGUGGACAUGUGCCUUCAGGGGAGCUUGAUGCCUGGUGGAAGAUGAAGCCCGGGGAGACUGGACAAGGAACACAGGUGCAACUGCUAUGGAAGCCUAUGAACCCGAAGGAGGCCAAGGGCAAAAUCCUGGGUUAUUGGGUCACCCUCAGCCCCCAGCAGAACAGUGGACAGCUGCCAACCCUCUGCAACACCACAGAGUUGUACUGCAAUUUCUCCCUGCCAUCCGGAUCACAGAGGAUUUAUCUCAUGGCUUACAAUGCAAGAGGCACAUCUCCGCCUACCGAGAUCUUGUUUCAGAAGAAAGAUAUUUCUGUGCCCAAGAUCCAAGCCUCUCCUCUGGGGGAAAACAGCAUCUGUGUGAGCUGGGAUCCUGUGGGAGAACCAGCCACUGGCUACAUCAUUGAGUGGCAGAGGCUGACAUCUGUGGACCCCUCGGAUGAUGCUGAGACUAGCUGGACAAGACUGCGAAAUGGAGAGGAGAAACAAAUCCUGAUCCAAGAAAACAUUGAGCCUUACCAGCUGUACAAUAUUUCCAUCUACCCCCUCUACAAGGACGGAGUGGGGAUGCCCCAGAAUACAGAAGUGUACACCAAGCAGAAAGCGCCUUUGGACAGCCCCAAACUUUGCCUAGGGAGUAUCAGCAAGACAACAGCUCAGCUUCACUGGGAGCCCAUCCCUCUGGAACUGCGCAAUGGCUUCAUCACCAACUACACCAUUUUCUGGAUCAGUCCUGAUGACAACAUGAGCAGUGCCGUCGUGAACUCCUCUGUGAAGACGUUCACCAUCACCGGUCUCAGGCCUCUGACCAUGUACAAAGUGCACAUCAUGGCCUCCACCGUGGGUGGGAGCACCAACGGAACCGUCCUGAUGCUUUACACCAAAGCAAUGGACGACAUGGACAUCUCGUUUGCAUAUCUGGUUAUUGGUCUGCUGUUGAUCAUGCUCAUUGUCCUGGUCGUCUGUUUUGAGAACAGCAAAAGGAUGAAGAUGCAGUUCUGGCCCAGUGUCCCCGAUCCAGCCAACAGCAGUCUGGGCAGAUGGGCUCCAGCAGUUCUGCAAGAGGAGGCCCUCCUGGAUAGCAAGUCCGGGGAACUUAGUCCCACCAUCAUACCUGCUAUCUUAGUGCUUGAAAAGGAUAGGAAGAAAGGCCUUUCCUGCGAGAAGAGGGAGGCUUCAAAGCCCCUGCCGGAUGGGCCACGGUCGGAUGCUUCGAAUGCCGAUGCCGCUUUGCUCCCUGGCAGCCCAAAGCCAGCCUCUCACGUGAACGGCUCAGAGCCCGUCCAGUACGCCAGGGUGUUCUUGGGCAGCUACCACAGCCAGCGGGGAGCACCGUCCUCUCUCUACUUGCGCUCCAACUCCACACAGCCACUUCUGGGUGACACGACUCCCAGCCCAGAGCCCUACGAGAACCUGUGGUUUCAUGGCGACCGGCCAGCUGGGGCGCACGGCUGCAGCUUCCAAGAGGAUGCCGUCUUCCUGGACGGGACCCUGGUGGAUUUCCCGUUACUGCAGGGGGUAAAGGUGGAUGGGGAUGACGGUCUGGGCGACUUUUGA